AUGUACUGCGAAGUAUGUAUUGACACUUCACCAAGUGUGCUUCUUGGGAAGUAUUGGUAUCACGUGACGACAAUGGAAGUUCCAACACUUCUUCUUCUGCUGCUAGUCACAUGCAAUCUCCACUUGUCUGAAUGUGGUAGGAAAGACUGGUGGACGAAAAAAUUAACGAACGAUUUCUACACAGCAGGUCGUCUUACCGCUCGUCAGUUGAAGUAUGCUGCUGAGAGUCAGACUUACAAGUCUGUAUUGUCGGUCUUCUAUUUUCGUGACGCGAGCCCAGGCAGUGUUUGUGAUGGAAGCUGUGAAGACUCCUAUCUUAGCACUCCGCAGUACAAAAGUGUAGCUAAGACUGCAGGCAUUCCUUACAAGCACCUUCCUAGGAAAGUUUACUGGCUUAGUGCACAGGGAGUGGAUGCAUUUCAGGCGGUUGUUGAAACAAUGUCCAAGCCUGUUCUCGUCCACUGCUUUGCUGGAUACUCAGCAACAGGGCUGACUUUGCUUUAUCUUUUGAAAACUGGAGUGUUUACAUGUGAAGAAGUCUUUAGACAAGCAGCCGCUAUUGGAUAUGAAUACUGGACCAGCUCAUCGUAUGUUAAACUUGCUAGUCAACUGUCCACAUCACCAACAACGUGUAGAAAAGCUGCGGACUCAUUGAGCAGAAAUGAGCUAUCAAGCUCUUGGACAAGCUAUUGGCAAGCUAAGAAACUGACCGAGUGUGUCUACACUGCUGGACAGAUUCAACGCAAUCACAUCUGUGACAUGAAGCAGGCAGGUUUCAAGGCUGUAGCCAAUAUGAGGAAGGGUCCCAAAACUUUAGUGGCACAUCAACCUUCUCAAGAAGAAGUAACUUUACUCAACAUUCAUUCGUAUGUUCCAGGCACCUAUCAAAACGGUGGACGGCAACUACGUGCAAAUUUGCUGCAGGCCAGGCUCGAUACAAACAAACCAAACUCAUAUAUUUCUUCAAAUUCUACAGACAAUUUCGAGUCAAUGAAUGAGUGUGAGUUUGGUGACAACAUUGGAUACAAUGAAACUCUGGAACGUUUGUAUCUUGCUGAUAAGAAAAUUCCGUACUACCAUGUUCCGGUGGGGGGAUAUUUCAAGUAUGACGAAGAUGCUUUGAUGGGUCACUACUGUGUUCUAAAGGAGCUGUUUGAAGACUACUGUCCCGUGUUAUUUCAUUGUCGCACAGGUACCCGUUCAGCAUACUUCGCCAUUCUUUAUCUUGCUGUUACGGAAGGGAGGCCAUGCUCAUGGGCAUUAUCCAAAGGUCGAUCAAUUGGCUAUGAGUUCUCUACAUAUCCGAUGUGCCAAGUAAUCACUAGUUUUAAAGAAGGGAGAUAUCGUUUGCCGGUUUGUGGCACUCCAACUCCUGCUAUAGAGCCAGUUCCAACUGAAAGUCGUUUACAACUUAUAACAACUUCCCAGCAACCAAAUUGUACUGCUUUCGGCAGUUGGACUUCCUGGACUCCCUGCAGUCGGACGUGCGACCCAGGAAUACAGACCAGAACUCGAACUAAAAUCGCACCGAACUGCCCUACCGGAGCAUCCAAACAAAUGGAUCAAAGUCGCGUCUGUCAGAGUCGUCCUUGUGUGAUUGACAUCACUGACAUACGUCUCGGACGUCGCCUAAAGAAACCAUGCAAAGCGGUCUCGCUUCGCAACGUUUCGCAGAUCGUUCCGCAUUGCACCGACUCUGAUGGACUAGACAUGUCGGUUGUACUCGCCAAGCAAAGUUGGUGUCUGGGUACAACGUCGAGCGUGCUGUCUCUUUGCUCUCCCGUCAAGACCAGGACGAAAUCAGUGCGAUCACGAUGUGGUAGAGGACGUGUGCUGAUUGCAGUGAACCGGAGCUGUGGAGAGGUGAGAGUGGGGUAGACGGACGACUGGUGCAAUAUUUGUUGUUGUGUUGUGGUGACAUUUAGCUGUGCUUGUUGGCGUGGGUAUACUUGAUGUGCGUCCCUUUGUAUUGUAAUGUUUCUUUGUUUGCUGUCUUCAAA